GGCGGCGGCGGCGGCGGCGGCGGCGGCGCCGCGGGGGCAGAGGCUACGUCGGUUGCUUUCUGCAGCCGCGUCUCGGCCGCGAAGCUCCCCGAGGAGGCCGUGUUCGGGGCGCGUCCUUGGUCUCCUUCCGGUAGCGCCGACGCCGCCGGCCUGCUGCGGGCCGCUGGGUCCGCGUCGCGCCUCAGCGCCCGGAGGACAUGCUGGAGAGAGAAUGAACCAGAGGGACACGCUGGUGCAUCUGUUUGCCGGGGGAUGUGGGGGUACCGUGGGAGCCAUCCUGACAUGUCCACUAGAAGUUGUGAAGACACGACUGCAGUCCUCUGCCGUGACACUCUAUAUCUCUGAAGUCCAGCUGAACACCAUGGCUGGAGCCAGUGUCAACCGAGUGGUAUCUCCCGGACCUCUCCAUUGCCUGAAGAUGAUCUUGGAAAAAGAAGGGCCUCGUUCCUUGUUUAGAGGAUUAGGCCCCAAUUUAGUGGGGGUGGCCCCUUCCAGAGCAAUAUACUUUGCUGCUUAUUCAAACUGCAAGGAAAAGUUGAACGGUGUGUUGGAUCCUGAUUCUACCCAAGUACACAUGAUCUCAGCUGCAAUGGCAGGUUUUACUGCAAUCACUGCAACCAACCCCAUUUGGCUAGUAAAAACUCGGCUACAGCUUGAUGCAAGGAACCGCGGGGAAAGGCGAAUGGGUGCUUUCGAAUGUGUUCGAAAAGUGUAUCAGACAGAUGGACUCAAAGGAUUUUACAGGGGCAUGUCUGCCUCGUACGCUGGCAUAUCAGAGACUGUUAUCCAUUUUGUUAUUUAUGAGAGCGUAAAGCGGAAGCUGCUGGAAUGCAAGACUGCGUCCGUGGCGGAGAGUGAUGAGGACUCCGUGAAAGAGGCGUCAGACUUUGUGAGAAUGAUGCUGGCUGCUGCCACCUCCAAGACCUGCGCCACCACCAUCGCGUACCCACACGAAGUUGUAAGAACAAGACUACGAGAAGAAGGAACAAAAUAUAGAUCAUUUUUUCAGACACUGUCUUUGAUUGUUCAGGAAGAAGGCUAUGGGUCUCUGUACCGUGGCCUAGCAACUCAUCUUGUGAGACAGAUUCCAAACACAGCCAUUAUGAUGGCCACCUAUGAGCUGGUGGUCUACCUGCUCAACGGAUAGCACCGGCAGCCGCGCUGCGAAGAGGGAAGACCAAAACAGCACAAUGGACCACGGGAUCUCGAGGCCAGCGAAGUGGACAGAAGAGAAGUAGUUUGGGAACAUGUAACUCUGCCUAAGUGGAAGUUUGGUUGUAGGAAUCAAGGUAACCACACCACAUCACUCCGUCUCAGUAUUGUGGAGACAACCCUCAGCCACCUCCAAGGAAAUGCCUUUAGAAGCACUCCUCCCUCAGAUUGCCAUUCUCUCUACCAUGUUCACCAGAUCUGGUUGUAUUUUGUUGGUUUAUGGCAUUCAGAAUAUAGUAUUGUUUAGUCCAUGAGCAUUUCUCCACUCCUGAACCACGCCAUCCCUAAUGGUGUGCUGUACUGUAACUAUCCAAAGAUAGUAUUGACAGUCAUAAAUUUCUAACUUCUGGCUUUUAAUUUCUCUGAUACUUUAAAAUAACAACAAUAGGUAGAGCCUCAGUAUCUCUCAUUUUCUUGAGAGGACCUGACACAAUAUUUUAAAUUCAGUUAUUUGACAUCAGGUAAUCACCUUUCCUGACAACCAAUGAAAUAGUAUCCAAAUACCGUGUGUAUUUUUAGCUUUAAAGUGUUUUGGUUUCCAGGCUAACAGGUGCUCGAUGUUUGGCAUACUGUGGGCUCGGGUUGUUGACUUAUCAAAUGCGCAUGCUCAUAGUUUGGGACUGUCGAAUAAACCAGUAAAGUACUGCUUCCUGGCCA